ACUUCUUACUUUUGCAUGAUCUGGUUCUUGCAAUAAUACUUGUGUCCAAUAUCUUUGCAACAAUACCCAGUUCUUCAAAAGAAGUUUCUGAUAUUAAAAGAAUGAAAAUGGGUUCUCGAGAGAAGAAUGAAUCAGAAAAAAGAGAGAUCGUGAUGACCAGUACUAGUACCAACAAUGAGAGAAACAAGUACUGUAUAGGGAUAAUAUUCAGAUAUGCAGAUUGGGUUGAUUAUUUGCUAAUGUUUCUGGGCACUGUUGGAGCUAUUGGGGAUGGCAUGUCUACUAACAUCUUACUUGUCUUCGCCAGCCGCAUGAUGAAUAGUUUGGGUUUAGGAGGUGGUCAGACGACUCAACAAAAUCAUGCCACUUUCAUGUCUGAAGUUGAAAAGUGCAGCUUAUACUUUGUGUUCUUGGGAUUAGCAGUCAUGGUGGUGGCUUUCAUGGAAGGUUAUUGUUGGAGCAAAACAAGUGAGCGUCAGGUGCUGAGGAUUCGUUACAAGUACUUGAAAUCCGUUCUUAGACAAGAAGUUGGAUUUUUUGAUUCACAAGAAGCAACCACUUCAGAGAUCAUCAACAGCAUUUCUAAAGAUACUUCUCUCAUCCAAGAAGUUCUAAGUGAAAAAGUCCCCAUAUUUGUUAUGCAUGCAUCAGUGUUCAUAUCAGGACUUGCCUUCGCGACAUACUUCUCGUGGAGGCUGUCUCUAGUGGCAUUUCCAACACUACUUGUACUCAUAAUUCCUGGAGUGAUAUAUGGCAAAUACCUUCUGUAUUUGUCCAAGAAGUCUUACAAGGAGUACAGUAAAGCAAACACCAUUGUAGAGCAGGCUUUAAGCUCAAUAAAGACUGUUUAUUCAUUCACAGCGGAGCGAAGAAUCAUAGAUACAUAUGCUGCAAUUUUGGAUAGAACUACAAAGCUUGGAAUCAGACAAGGCGUGGCGAAAGGUCUGGCUGUGGGAAGCACAGGGCUUUCUUUUGCUAUUUGGGCUUUUCUUGCUUGGUAUGGAAGUCACUUGGUCAUGUACAAAGGUGAAACUGGAGGAAGGAUUUAUGCUGCUGGAAUUUCUUUCAUUUUGAGUGGACUAUCUCUUGGAAUGGCACUUCCUGAUGUGAAGUAUUUUACAGAAGCUACGGUUGCUGCUACAAGAAUAUUCAACAGAAUUGACAGAAUUCCAGAAAUAGAUGGUGAAGACACAAAAGGACUUGUAUUGGAAAAAAUUCAUGGUGAAAUAGAAUUUGAGCAUGUCGAAUUCACAUAUCCUUCCCGUCCCGAUUCCAUUGUUCUCAAAGAUUUCAACCUCAAAGUUGAAGCAGGGAAAACUGUUGCCCUUGUUGGUGCUAGUGGAAGUGGCAAAUCCACUGCAAUUGCAUUGGUACAAAGGUUUUAUGAUGCAAAUCAUGGCAUUGUGAAGAUUGAUGGUGUUGAUAUAAGAAAACUUAAUUUGAAAGGGAUUAGAGGGAAAAUGGGUCUUGUUAGUCAAGAGCAUGCUUUGUUUGGGACAUCAAUAAGGGAGAAUAUCAUGUUUGGGAAACUUGAUGCCACCAUGGAUGAAGUGACGGCUGCAGCUAUGGCUGCAAAUGCUCAUAAUUUCAUAAGGCAGCUUCCAGAAGGGUAUGAGACUAAGGUUGGUGAAAGAGGGGCACUUCUAUCCGGUGGACAGAAGCAGCGGAUUGCCAUUGCCAGAGCCAUCAUCAAGAAUCCAGUAAUUCUACUACUCGAUGAAGCGACAAGUGCUCUAGAUUCUGAGUCAGAAACUCUAGUCCAAAAUGCACUUGAUCAAGCCUCCAUGGGAAGAACCACACUGGUGGUUGCACACAAGCUCUCCACGAUUCGAAAUGCCGACCUCAUUGCAGUGGUCAACAAUGGAUGCAUUGUUGAAAUAGGAUCACACAAUGAUCUCAUCAACGCAGGAAAUGGACAUUAUUCAAAACUAGUCAAACUACAGAGACCAUUCAGUUGUGAUGAUCAUGAACAAGACCAUGAAAUUCGCGUCUCUUCAGUAACAAGAAGCAGUCAUGGCUGGCCAAGCACGGCCAAAUCAAGCCCAGCUUUCUUUGCUUCACCAUUGCCUGUCAUUGAAAAUAGUCCACAACCAGUAACUUACCCGCCACCUUCCUUCCAUAGGCUUCUUUCUUUAAAUGCACCUGAAUGGAAGCAAGGCCUAAUUGGGAGCCUCUCAGCAGUAGCAUUUGGUGCAGUGCAGCCCACCUAUGCAUUAACUAUCGGUGGUAUGAUUUCAGCUUUCUUUGCGCACAGCCAUCAAGAAAUGCAAGCUCGAAUACGUACAUACUCUCUCAUAUUCUGCUCACUUUCCUUGAUUUCAAUCCUUCUGAACCUAAUACAGCACUACAAUUUUGCUUAUAUGGGUGAGUGCCUAACGAAGAGAAUCCGGUUGCAAAUGCUCCGAAAGAUCCUAACUUUCGAGGCUGCCUGGUUCGAUGAAGAGCAGAACUCUAGCGGGGCAUUGUGCUCUAGACUGAGCAGUGAGGCCUCGAUGGUCAAAUCUCUGGUUGCAGAUAGAGUUUCGUUAUUAGUUCAAACCACUUCUGCUGUCACAAUCGCAAUGAUCAUGGGGCUUGUCGUUGCAUGGAAGCUUGCUAUUGUUAUGAUCGCGGUCCAACCCCUCACAAUUCUAUGCUUUUACACAAGAAAAGUACUAUUAUCCAGCAUUACCACAAAUUUCGUUAAGGCACAGAAUCAGAGUACUCAAAUAGCUGUUGAAGCUGUGAUUAAUCACAAAAUCGUGACCUCUUACGGAAGUCUCGAAAAGGUUCUUCAAUUAUUUGAUUUGGCUCAGGAGGAACCAAGGAAGGAGGCAAGGAAGAGAUCAUGGUUAGCAGGAAUUGGCAUGGGGUCUGCUCAGUGUCUAACAUUCAUGUCAUGGGCUCUAGAUUUCUGGUAUGGUGGUACACUGGUACAGAAGAAUGAAAUAUCAGCUGGAGAUGUGUUUAAAACAUUUUUUAUACUGGUUAGUACUGGGAAGGUUAUAGCUGAAGCAGGAAGCAUGACUUCUGAUAUAGCGAAAAGUUCGACAGCAGUGGCAUCCUUGUUCGAAAUCCUUGACAGGCAAUCACUAAUUCAAGCAGGGGAUGAUGCUGCUACGGAAGGAACCAAGUUGGAGAAGAUUAUAACUGGAAAGAUAGAAGUGAAGAAGGUUGAUUUUGCUUACCCAAAUAGGCCAGAGACGCCGGUUCUACGCCAAUUUAGUUUGGAAGUAAAACCAGGCACAAGCAUAGGCAUAGUAGGCAAGAGUGGAUGUGGAAAAUCAACUGUAAUCUGCUUAAUCCAAAGAUUUUACGACGUCGAAAAAGGUUCAAUCAGAGUAGAUGGAAUGGACAUAAGAGAAUUCGACCUCCAAUGGUACAGAAGGCAGACCGCCCUGGUUAGUCAGGAGCCAGUGAUAUAUUCAGUCAGCAUUAGAGACAACAUUUUAUUUGGAAAACCAGAUGCAUCAGAAAAUGAAGUUGUUGAGGCAGCUAGAGCAGCCAAUGCACACGAAUUCAUCUCGUCACUGAAAGAUGGGUAUGAUACAGAAUGUGGAGAAAGGGGAGUUCAGCUAUCAGGAGGACAAAAGCAGAGGAUAGCAAUAGCAAGAGCAAUAAUAAGGAAUCCAACAAUACUAUUACUAGAUGAAGCAACAAGUGCACUUGAUGUGCAGUCAGAGCAGGUUGUGCAAGAAGCAUUGGAUAGAAUCAUGGUUGGAAGGACUACAAUCGUCGUCGCUCAUCGGCUUAACACAAUCAAAAAGCUUGAUUCCAUUGCAUUUGUUGCUGAUGGUAAGGUUGUUGAGAGAGGGACUUAUGCUCAGCUCAAGAACAAGCGAGGAGCUUUUUCUGAACUAGCUAAUCUCCAGAGAUAAAAUAACAUUGGGUACAACAUGAGCCUAGUAGCUGUGGAUUUUCUUGCACUGGGCCUUGAUAAGCUGUUCACGGUUGUUCCGUAGACCGUAGUCAAUUAGGAAUUUAUAUUUUAAAAAAAUAAUGUAAAGUAUGUAACAGCAAAUAUGAAGCGAGCUAUGUUUUGCAUUAUUGCAUAUAAGUUUUUACUGGUAUUUGGAAAUGUUAAGGAGAUGAAAAUGGGACACAAACAAAAAUCAUUCCCUAAAUUUUUAAGAAAGAUUCUUUCUAU